AACAUAUGCUAUGUUAUGUUAAAACUUACGAGUCUUCAAUAAAUAAAUUAUAAUUAACUCAGAACGGCUCCCUUUGGCCGAGUCAGUUUUAUUUUUGUGCUGCGAAACCGCGUUAAAGCUUUACUCUUUAGAAGAGAGCAGGUAGAACAUUGAAGAAAGAGUGGAUCUUUUCCUUGGGUGAGAGAAAUGAUGGAGUUGGGGUUGAGUAGAAGUUUCUCUUCAAUUCUCUUAGUGUUUCUAUUUGUGGGUUUGUCUUCUUCAGCUUUCAUUUCAGAUGAUGUCUUUGGAUCUCAUGCUGCUACUGGCAGAAACCUUCUUCAAGCUAAGAAAGCUUGCCCUGUGAACUUUGAGUUCCUGAAUUACACCAUCAUCACAAGCCAAUGCAAAGGACCACAGUUCGCAGCCAAUAGCUGUUGUAACGCAUUUAAGGAAUUUGCUUGCCCUUACACCGAUGAAAUUAACGACCUAACAACAGAUUGCGCCUCAACCAUGUUCAGCUACAUUAAUCUGUAUGGAAAAUACCCUCCUGGCCUUUUUGCUGCCGAGUGUCGCGAAGGUAAAGAAGGACUCGCAUGCCCGGCACUUCCACCAUCGAUGUCAGACAGCGCAAACACGGGUGCCAUCAUAGGUAAUCCAUCCACACUGCUAAUGUUGACAAUUAGCUUCCUAGUGCUGAUAUUCCAGUUACUAUAAAGUCACAUUAAGUGUCAGUUCUUGUGAUUGCUGAUUGUUCAUACGUACUACAACUUCUCGGCCAUAUUUUUCGUUCUAUCUUUGGAAUGGUGAUCAAAGUUAAACAAACCAUUUGAGUUAGGCAUACAGAAAAUAUAAUUUAUGUAAUGGUGUUGAAUUGAGUGUUGGUUUUUUCAGUUGUAAACCCAUAUGUAUUUUUAAUUGAAACAUAAAAGGGCACCUCCAAUUUUAUUCAUUGAAA